AUGCAGGCCACAUGGCGGCUCCAGCGCGUGCUUACCUCCCCGGCGGCCGGGGUUUUGCUACGCACCCGAUCUUGCGCCCGGCCCCGGACCGCUGUCGCCGUCGCGGUCGCGAGGAAACCACUCCCACAACAUUCCAAUGCUUUACCAUCACCUCCACCGAUCCACCAGGGGGGUUUUCCUCGACAUUACACCUCUCUUACCUUCGGGCCCAUUAACCCCAGUAUACCCUCCUCAUACGCACCCAGUGGCAUCUCCCAUCUCCUCUCCCGUCAGCUGGUUGUGGUUUACGGCCCCGACGCAGCCAAGUACCUGCAAGGCAUGGUCACGGCAAACGUGUACAUGCCAGGGAGCGGGAGCAUGGUGCGUACCGACCGGGGAUAUUAUGCUGCGUUGUUAACGGGUCAGGGGAGGGUGCUAUAUGAUGUUUUUAUUUACCCUCUUACAGACUCAAAGCACUUGCAAAGGGUGUUGCCGAGCGCAGAUGUGGAAGGGGCGGCGUUUUUGAUCGAGGUGGAUAAGGACCAGGCGGGGUUGUUGGUGGAUCAUAUCAAGCGCUAUAGAGUACGCGCGAAGGUAAAAGUGAAGGUAGUGGAUGUGGAGGAGGUGGCUGUUUGGCAUGCGUGGGAUCCGAAUGGUCUUGGGGAAGCAUCUGUUAACGAUCUCCUCGUCACGCCCGACUGUCGCACACCCGCCAUGGGCUCGCGCAUCCUGCACUUUGGCGGUCCAGACGGCAAUGCUAUCCAAAACUUCGCCGAAAGGUGUCAACUGCAGGUCCUACCUCAAGAGUACUACGUCCUCCACCGAAUUACCCAAGGCGUGCCCGAGGGCCAAACUGAACUCCUCAAGAUGUCCGCCAUCCCUCACGAAAGCAACCUUGACCUCAUGGGCGGCAUCGACUUCCGCAAAGGGUGUUACGUCGGCCAGGAGCUGGUCACGCGCACGGAACAUCGGGGUGUGGUGCGCAAGCGUGUGCUGCCGUGCGUGGUGUACGAGGGGAGUCAGGGACAGGCUGUUGACAUUAGAGCUACUGGGGGCGAUUUGGGCGGGUUGUAUACUGACAGACCGAUCGCCGGACUAAGUAGUGCGAGGGAAAUUGCGUCAGAAACGAAUAUCGUCCGCGUUUCGGGGAAGGGGCGCGGGGUUGGGAAGUGGCUGAGGGGGAUUGGGAAUGUGGGGUUGGCGGUGUGCCGGCUGGAUGUUAUGACUGAUUUGCCGAUACCAGGGGAGACGCCCGCCGGCGAGGAUGGUGUGCCGGAAGUGAGAGAGGUGAAGGGGGAGUUUACUAUCGAAGGGGAUGAGGGCCCGUUGAGGAUAAAGGCGGUUCCGCCGGCGUGGUUGAGGAGGGAGUUAAUGGAGAAAUGGGAGGUGAAGAACGAGCAGAAUAUGGUUCGCUUCCAGAGGGAAGCGAUUGAGAGCGAAGAAGAGAUGUAA